AUGUUCAGAACAGCAGCUAGUUCUAUCGGUCGCCGUGGUUUCACCACUGUCAAGGGUGACCCAGCUAAAGCUCAAGCUUUCAAGAAGCACUUGGACGAUGUCUAUCACCACUCCAAGGGAACCACUGCAUUGUGGAAGAAGAUCUCUUACUUCGUUGCCCUUCCUGCCAUUGCCCUAACUGCCGUAAACACCUACUUCGUUGAAGCUGAGCACGCUGAGCAUAGAGCCCACAACCGCCACUUAUCUGAUGAAGAAUGGCCAAAAGCGUAUCCAUACCAGAAUGUCAGAAGAGUUGACUUCUUCUGGGGUGACGGAGACAAAACUCUUUUCUGGAACCCAGAUGUCAACAGACACGUCAAAGAGUAA